CUUGUCUGCUCUUCUUUCCCGUCCCCCUGCAGCCGAACAAAAGAAGCCUAGCCCCGACGCCUAGCCCCGACGCCUAGCCCCGACGCCUCUUCCUCUUGAGAAACCGGUGAAGCUUGAUGAUUUUUGCCUUCUUUUCUUGUUCAAGAACAAGAUUUGAGCUUAGAAACCUUCUCCCCUACUGGAAUUUCCAGAUCUGCUCUGCUCCUUCCUUCCUCACCGCCGGCUGCUCUUGAUUGUGGGUGAUUUCUGGGCAUUUUUUCGUUCCUGUGAGUCCCCUGCAGAUUUGCCGCCGGCCUCUUCCCCCUGUCAUGUUCGGUUCUGCAGCUGGAAAAUUAUGGAAGCAAAGUCAAGGACGGGGAAAAACAAAGGGAGUGACGAGUUAAAAGGCUAGCUAUUGUAAUUGGAUAUGAAAUUUUAGAUAUAAAUCAUGAUCUUGCAAGCUAGACGUUAUUCGGAGAUUUUAUGAUAUCAGAGCAAAUUUUAUAACUUUAUCUUUAGAUUCUGGUGGUAUCAGAUUGUGGUAUGAUAAGUUCCGAGCUUUGUGCAUUUGUGGGACUCUCUCACGAGUGCAAGGCGUCUGCCAUGUCUCCGAAUUUGGGUUCUGAGGUGUGACAAUUGUGUGACAAGGUUUAUGUGGAAAUGGUAAACUAUAUAUAGAUGAAAAGAGAUUCAGCUUUUUUUGUUUUAUAUGUCAACAAAUUAACUUUACAAAA